UGUUAUUAAACUCAUUCUGAAGGCUGUACUAAUUUUUUUUUUACAUCAUUCUAGAGCUUCACCCGACCAAUCUAUAACUUCACGACAAGGUUAGGCUGUGUAGCGCUUUAAACAGCAGGACCUGCGGAGCUGAGCAUUAUGCAGUUCAGGUUAUACAGAAGACAGAUUCGCCCAAGGAACUGUUAAACCGCAUUUUUGCACAGAUGUCCUAUAUUUGAUGUGCUGCCAGUUGCAACUCCUGAUUGUAGCUGUACUUUGCAUGUGAAAAGAGCCUGUAGCUAUGAAAAGAUGGGCCACUUAGUCCUGACAUGUCUUGACCCCACCUUGGUGCUCUGUUAGUGAUGAAGAGCUCUUCUACAAUCCUACUCCUCACUCUAUCUGUCCUGUGCAGAAUUGAGUGUGUGUUUGGGAGGACAAUCGAGCACACGCUGCAAGAAUGGGAACGGUAUCGGAAUGAGUGCAUAUCGAACAUCAGCUCAGAACCGACCCCCUCAGGUUUAGUGUGCACACGCAUGUUUGAUCAGUAUGCUUGCUGGACAGAUGGGCUGCCCAACACCACAGUCAAAGUGCCCUGUCCCUGGUAUUUGCCCUGGUAUGAUCAAGUGCGCAGUGGGUUUGUCCUAAGGGAAUGUGGUUCAGAUGGCCAGUGGCACACCAACAACACAAGCCAGACUUGGAGAAACCACUCACAAUGCCACCAGGAUAGCAACAACCAUAAAGAACAGGAGAAACAGAUACAGGUUCUAGCCCACUUCAGAGUGAUGUACACAAUUGGCUACUCUUUGUCUUUGGCCAGCCUCACUCUGGCCCUCAUCAUAUUACUUUUAUUUAGGAAACUGCAUUGUACCCGCAACUACAUCCACGCCAACCUGUUUGCUUCUUUCAUCCUGCGUGCCGUGUCCAUCCUGAUACGUGAUGAUCUUCUCAAAAAACACACUCUCGACUUCCAAGACAGCAGUGACCUGUCCACUGCUCUCAGUGACCAGGCGUUGUAUGGCUGCCGCAUAGCCCAAGUGGUAAUGCAGUACUGUGUGGGGGCCAACUACUUCUGGCUGCUAGUGGAGGGCCUGUACCUCCAUAACCUUCUGGUACUCCUUGUGUUCUCUGAGAACAGCUACUUUUGUGGUUACCUCGCCCUCGGCUGGGUUGCUCCUGCGCUUUAUGUGGUCCCAUGGAUGGUAAUGCGCCACCUGUAUGAGAACACAGGGUGCUGGGAGAUCAAUGAAAACAUCUUACAUUGGUGGAUUAUUCAAGCUCCUAUUCUCCUGGCCAUUUUAGUAAACUUUUCCGUUUUCAUAAGGAUUAUACAGAUGCUUGUCUCCAAAUUUAAAGCACACCAGAUGAGAUAUACAGACUAUAAAUUCAGAUUGGCCAAGUCUACCCUGACCCUCAUACCCCUACUGGGAAUUCAUAAGGUGGUGUUUUCUGUGGUGACAUUGGAACAGCCUGGUCUACUACGUAGCAUCUGGCUCUUCAUGGAGCUCUUCCUCAGCUCAUUUCAGGGUUUUCUUGUGGCCGUUUUAUACUGUUUUGUGAAUAAAGAGGUACAGUCAGAAAUUAAGAAAAAGUGGCAUUGUUUGAAGCUGGGAAUUAGCACCCUGGAUGAACAACGCACCACAAGCAGCCACAUGCUACAAGGGGCUACUGGACUUCAAGAACAUGAAGACCAGCCAUGCCAGGUGGACUAUCCUGAGGAGAGUGGCAUCCACCUGAGCAUGGACCCUCUUCCGGCCUCCACACAAAUUCCCCUCCAUCGGCAUCAUCACCCAGGAGCAAAGAAGGGCAAGGCAUAUUGUUACAUUUCAGCCCACAAGCAAAUGCUGAAUGGAUUAGACACACCUGCACUGGGCCAUCCUGAACUUGAUGGAGUCAAUAGAUAUUCCGAUAGCUACUGCUAAGGGUUUAGGACCAUGUGGAAAUAGAUAUCUAAAUGAUGUCUAUAAAGAUUUUCAGAGGUGUACAAAAUUGAAGCUGGAUGUAACUUAAAUUUGAAAUCAUUGGCAUUUACUGAAUGAACCUCUAUGGUGCGCUAUUUUUAGAUGAACUUUUACCAGAAAUUCAGUAACCUGGAGGAGCAGGGUGAAAUUUUUCUAGUUUUAAAAGACUCAAAAAUAGGAGGGAGGCUCUAAAAUAUAACAAAUCGAUUGAUGUGACUGUUCGUCCUGUUGUGUUGUGUUAUUUUCUACCUCUUUACGUUUUUGGACAACAGUGAUAUUACCUGUUCUGUGAUAUUGUGGAUCAUCUCUCAUACAUAUAUAAUGAUGUCUAAUAAAAGGCAAUUUUCAUAGAAAUUAUUUGUUAAAAAAUCAAAACACUUCCAAGAUCUUAAUAUGUAAAGUGUACAGUCUUUAUAAAAAUAGGCAAGUCGUUCUAAAUGUUAUAUCAUCAGGACUGUCUGAUAGUUAAAUAUGCUAAAUAUGGUAUCACCAAGUCAUUACAUU